AUGAAUUUCGGAGAAUUGACCGGACCGGAGUCGGCAAAAGUAAGCGCCGUGCCUCGGUCGCUUAUUGGUGCAGUUGCUGAGCUGUCGAACACGGCGCUCGUGGGCGGUGGUCAUUUUGCAGGGCAACAGCUUGUAGCCUCGUCCCGCCUAUCGACCAGCGUUGAUCCUCCUUUUGUUCUCGUCAAAACUCGGCACAACACGACCGACCAAUACCCCUGGCACAACACAGAUGCGACGUAUCAGAGCCCUUUCCGGCGGAUACUAGCCCUCCGCGCCCAUUUUCCCUCCAUUAAUCGAACUCCUACCGUUCGUCUCCUCGGCGCCUUCCUGCCCGUGGAGAGUCUGGUGCCCAGGCCACGACGACUCGCACGUCCGAACGAUCACGGCCACGAUUCCCAUCGCCGUCGCCGUCACGAUCACGCCAUGGCUUCACAGCAGAUCCUCUUCGCCGAGACGAUAGCCGGCAUGAAGAAGGCGUUCAAGAGAAAAGCCUACGAAUCCGACUCGGAUUCGGAAAUUGAGAACCGCGGCAACCGCGGCAACAAGCUGAAGAAGAGAGCGCGAUUUGCGCACCAGGGACAAUUGGCGCCCACCCAGGGCCCGAGUGCAUACAAGGAGGUAAUGACCGAGCCCGCACAAUCCCACCCUUCCCGGUCGAACCGUUCGAACCGUUCACCUGACGGACCAUUUCUCUCUCUGCAGACCGUCGACUACUCGGGUGUCCGAAGAUCCAUCAUCCACCGCAACCCGCCGCUCAUCGAUUACGACGGGUACGAAAUCAACAGCGACGAUGACGAACGACAGGUCGAAGACGCCGAGGUCUCGGCCGCCGAACUCAACCCUUACGCCAACGUCCAUCUGGAACACAUAUUGGCCCCGUUGACCGCUUCCACCGAUCUGCCGACACACUCGACCCUGUCGAAGCCAUUCACGUCCAGGACGCUCACCGAUCUGGUUUCGCAGAGCUGCACAAUGACGCGGAAGGAAAACCGCUCGCUGUGGAAUGUCCGAUAUCUCUGGACGACGCUGUGCGGGGAUGGAAACUGGAUGCCGUGCGGGACGAUGAUUGGGCCAAACGACGUGGAAUUCUACUCGGAUGAACACGUCGCUCGGCACCUCCUAGGCUUAGCCAAAGCGAACAUGGCCGACACUGCGUCACCGGGGAUGGUGAACGGCGAGGGGGCAAACGGAGCAACAGCCGUUGCCGGCGACCACAUGAAGCAGGCUGAAGAUGUGGCCAUGACGGACGCCGGAGCGGACGAGAACGAGGUCGGCACAACCAAGGACGAGGCAGAGGUCGACGAAGGCGCAAAGACGGAGGAUAAGAACGAAACGGGGUGCCAGAGCCCCGCGAUGGAGGAGGACAAGAGGCGGAUGGAAGAGGGGAGCGCGAAAAAUCACAAAGAUGGUUUGGCCGAAAAGAUGGCCAGCAGAGACAGGGGGAAGGAAGGCAUGGAGCGAGCAGACGACGGUUCGGCCGACGGCGCGGCAAACAAUGGGGAGACGGGGGAGAUGGAGAACCGACGCAAGAAUGACGAGACAGCUCCCUCGGUCUCGUCGGAUGCCUUGGAGCCGGCAUUUGUCCAUCCCAUGUUUCAGACACCGGUGGGCGUCAAGCUGGAGCGGGACCUCCACCUCCCGAGGAAGGAGGCCGAAGACAUCCGGCGACUCUUGGCACUGUACGUGCAAAAGCAAGAGGAGAUUUGCCGCGGAGCAAGCCGGUUGCAUCACGGGCUGCUGAAGGCUGAGCGGCUGCGGAAGGACGUCCUGCACUGGGCCAAGGCGGAGGCGCACUGCGGCCCAGGCCGGGACAUGUCCGACGGGGAGGAUUGGUACGACAAGGACGAAUGGGGCCUCGCGGAUGACCUCAAGAAAGGCCACGACGAAGAGGAAGAGGAUACGACGACGUCGGGCAAGAAGACGAGGAACCGUCGACAGUGA